CCUAUACGUUUUCUUGUCAUUACAAUUCACUUCUUUGAGUUCUUGUCAUUUCUUCAUCUUUCUGUACUAUAUCUUAACUAUAAGAAUGGCGGAUAAGGUGGUUCUCCUAGAUUUCUGGCCAAGUCGUUUUGGGAUGAGGGUUAGGAUUGCACUUGCUGAAAAGGGUAUUAAGUAUGAGUACAAAGAAGAGGACUUGGGGAACAAGAGUUCUCUUCUCCUCCAAAUGAACCCGGUUCACAAGAAAAUCCCGGUUCUUAUCCACAAUGGCAACUCCAUUUGUGAAUCUCUCAUUGCUGUUCAGUACAUUGAUGAGGUCUGGAAUGAUAGAUCUCCUUUGUUGCCUUCUGAUCCUUGCGAGAGAGCACAGGCUAGAUUCUGGGCCGAUUUUGUUGACAACAAGACAUUUAUCUCUCAAAGGUCAUCGGCGGUGAAGGACGUCAAAGUCACUAUAGUUGUCCCAUCAAAGGUCAUCGGCGGUGUCUGUGUAGUUGUCACGGUAGCUCUCAAAGGUCACCGGUGGUCCCAUCAUCCAAUACUCAGGCACGAUUUUGUCAAAACUCAGGUUCAUCUUUUAAAAAAAAAAAAGAUAUUUCAGAUUUAUCACUGCGCUUUGGUUCUUGUGGUCAUUCCAGGUGAGGUGCCGCGUACAAGGAGAUUCCCUGCAAGAAAAGCUCCAACAACGUCUAUAACUCCUACUACGUCUACAACUCCUACUGUGCAAACUCAAAAUGUACAGCUCAAUGAGAACCUACAAAAUGGCAUUGAUAGGGUGGAAACACAACAACGUGAAAUAGAAGGCCAACAAGAUCAACCUUCUAAUGAAUCCCAGCAACAAAAUGAAAGCAGACCUCCCUACCGGGCCAAGAGAGCAUGCAAUAAUUAUUGGGUGGUUGAUGUUAUAGAUGAACAAGGAAGGGUUACCGAGGAAAGAUUGCGUAUUAGGGAUGUUUUGGUUCUUUCAGAAGACAAGAGGGUGAUGGUGCCAUGGAAUGAAGAGAACCAGCCUGUUUCUGAUGCUGCUGCAUUGUUGAAUGGGUUUUUAGGACAUCUUGCAUGUAACACUAAUAUGUUCCCAAUAUCUUUCGAUAGGUGGCCUCAUGUACCUCCCUUGUAUAAGCAGAAUGCUUGGGAGAAGACUAUAACGAAAAAGUUUAAUGUUUAUCAUGAAGACCAUCAUGAAUAUUGUAUGGGAAGUAUGGGAAAGAAAUGGAAGGAUAAUAGGUGGAGGCUGUGCAAUUAUUAUUAUCAUAAAGAUCUAAGUUAUGAGCAAAACCUUGAGAAUUAUCCUGAUGGUCUCACAAGAGAACAAUGGGCUGGUUUUUUGCAAUAUAAGUUAAGUGACAAAGCCAAGAAAUACAGUGAGAUAAAUACUAAAAAUAGAGCAAAGCAGACCAUUAUGCAUACACUUGGAUCAAAAAGCAUUGCAAGGACAAAAUAUGACCUGGAACAAAAACAUGGACGCAAAUUCAGUAGGGGGAAAUGUGGGAAAUUUCGCAUACGAAAAAGGAUGGCAAUUUAAUUAGUGAGGAAGCUAGAGAAAAGAUUGUAAGUAUUUUCUUUGUGAAUUAGGAAGCUAUACAUUCUAUUUGAUUAAAUGUUUGAUGUUUUAUUGUAGGACCAAUUACAAGUGGAGAUAGAGGACACAACUUCUGAAGAUGAGGCAUUUGAGACAGUGUUUGGGAAGGAGCACCCAGGACGAGUUAGAGGAAUGGGGUAUGGGGUGGUUAUCUCUCAAAUGCGUAAGCGCCGCCGUACCAGUUCUGCAUCAUCCUCUUCUGCCGGUCCUUCGCAAGCAGAGUAUGAUGCCAUGAAACAGGAACUCGAUGAUUUAAAAGGAAAAAUGGGAGAACUGGACUCCUUGAAAGCACAAAUGGCUUCUAUUGUGCAACAUUUGACUGCUCAACAACCUUCUCAUAUUUCCUUAAAUGAGGUUCCAGAUUUAGGUUCUCCAGGGAUUAGGAGAUCUUCUCAUGCAAGUCAUGACCCUGCUUGUGAAGGACCAGAUUCAUCCCCUCAAAUUCCACCUCCACCACCAGAGUUGAAUAUUUGAUGUAGUCAUUGAUGUUGGAUGUGUUCUUGACUUGAUGUCAUUAUCAUAGAGAUUUUGAUAAUAUAUGCACUUUUUAAUGUAGUUAUUUGGAUAAUAUAUGCACUUG